CAUCCUCAUUCCAUUAUCCAUUCCAAUUCCACCCUUGAACCAAACAAGCCCUGAGUGUGUAGAUCUAAUUGAUUUGCUUGUCACAUCAUAUUUUGUUCUUCUUUAGCUCUAUGUACAGUCUAGGAGUAAAAUUCAUAAUUUGAUCAUUUGGGAACCAUGAAUCUAGGACUUCACAUUGUUACAUAUUGUAAGGUUGUUUAUGGGUCUUACUAUAGCAAUGAUUCUGUAACUUGACCUAUUGAUUGUGGUGGUAGAUAAUACAAGAAUUACAGCGUAAAAGAGGUUGAAACUUUGUUGGUAAUUAAUAGAACUGCCAAUAAAAUUGGGGAAAUGAACAUAGUUAUGAUAUAUUUGAAAUAAGUGAAGAUGACAUAGCCCUUCUCAGAUUUGUAUAUAUUUGAAAUAAGUGAAGAUGACAUAGCCCUUCUCAGAUUUGUAUGCUUUUUAUAGAGAGACUAGUUUCAAAGAAAGCAGAGUUUCUGUUUGGAAUGACUAUGCCACAAAUUCUUGAAGAACUAGACUUACAAAUUUAUUAGUAAUUGCAAACCAAGCUCUUAACUGCUGGUGCACCCAUCCUAGCUAUUCACCAUGAUGAUUAAGCACAAUUUGGAUUGCAGCAGACCAUAUCCUGCCCACCAUUAUAAGCAGUUUGUUGGGCGUAAACAACUCGAGAUUCUUAAGGUCACUAACUAGUGAACUAGCUCUUAUAUACCUAAGUACCUGUCAUCUCUCUGUGUAGAACUAUUCGGGUGUCACAAGCUUCUACCAUUUUGUCCCACAUAUUCUCGUCAAGCCCCGCUAACUCUGUCCAAGACCACUAAGCCAUUGUGAUUCUACAAAUAGCCGCUUAAAGUUCAAGAGGUAUAGCGCUUUGUUUCAUAUAGUACUUAGUUCUCAUACUUCCGAUCGGUAGCUUGCUUUGUUACUACAUGUAACGUGUCAUACUUAUCUAACUAGUAUAAGUGGUUUGUUGGGCCUAAACAACUGGCCAAAAUGCUUAAGCCCAAGUAACUAGAACUUGUGAACUAGCUUUUAUAGCAAGCAGUGCCCAUCAUCUUCUCAUGUGAGGUCACUGGAGUUCCACUCUAUGGCAUACAAUGGUGCAGGUUUUAGAUGUGAAGUGAAAAUGCUACGAUUGAUAUUUGGUAUAAUAAUCUGUUUCUGCUUGAUUACUGAGUGCAUAUCAAGUCAGGACAAUUAUGUUGCACUCCAAUUUGACCUGUGUUUGGGUGAAUUAGCCUUAGCAUCUUAAAAUGGCGGAUGGUCAUGAAACAGAUAAGAACAUCGAGAUAUGGAAGAUCAAGAAAUUAAUAAAGGCACUGGAAUCUGCGAGGGGUAAUGGCACAAGCAUGAUCUCUCUCAUAAUGCCCCCCCGUGAUCAAAUCUCUCGAGUCGCCAAGAUGUUGGGUGAUGAAUAUGGAACUGCUUCUAACAUCAAGAGCAGAGUCAACAGGCAAUCUGUUUUAGCAGCCAUCACUUCAGCCCAGCAGAGGUUAAAACUGUACAACAAGGUCCCCCCCAAUGGCCUUGUUCUCUAUACUGGAACUAUUGUUACCGAAGAUGGAAAAGAAAAAAAAGUCACUAUUGAUUUCGAGCCUUUUAAGCCCAUUAAUGCAUCGCUAUAUCUUUGCGAUAACAAGUUCCAUACAGAGGCUUUAAAUGAGCUUUUGGAAUCUGAUGACAAGUUUGGUUUCAUAGUUAUGGACGGUAAUGGAACCCUUUUUGGCACAUUGAGUGGCAAUACACGUGAGGUACUUCACAAAUUCACUGUUGAUCUCCCAAAAAAGCAUGGGAGAGGAGGACAAUCGGCACUUCGUUUUGCUCGUCUUCGGAUGGAAAAGCGUCACAACUAUGUUAGAAAGACAGCUGAGCUUGCCACCCAGUUCUUCAUAAAUCCUGCCACAAGCCAGCCGAAUGUAGCUGGACUGAUUCUUGCCGGUUCAGCUGAUUUUAAAACAGAAUUGAGCCAGUCGGACAUGUUUGAUCCCCGUCUUCAAGCCAAAAUCCUCAAUGUGGUUGAUGUUUCUUAUGGUGGAGAGAACGGUUUCAACCAAGCCAUCGAAUUAUCUGCAGAGAUUCUAUCCAAUGUGAAGUUUAUACAGGAAAAGCGCCUGAUAGGAAAGUACUUUGAAGAAAUUAGCCAAGACACAGGGAAAUAUGUUUUUGGUGUGGAUGACACUCUAAAGGCUCUUGAGAUGGGUGCUGUUGAGACCCUGAUAGUUUGGGAGAAUCUGGAUGUCAAUAGAUAUGUGCUAAAGAACAGUGGCUCAGGUGAGAUUGUCAUAAAGCAUUUGAACAAGGAGCAAGAAACCGAUCAGAGCAAUUUCCGCGAUCCUACAAACAAUGCAGAAUUAGAGGUCCAGGAGAAGACAUCUCUGCUGGAAUGGUUUGCGAAUGAAUACAAACGUUUUGGUUGCACUCUCGAGUUUGUGACCAACAAAUCUCAAGAGGGAUCACAGUUCUGUAGAGGAUUUGGUGGCAUCGGUGGCAUCUUGAGGUAUCAGCUCGAUAUGAGGUCCUUUGAUGAGCUGUCUGAUGAUGGAGAAGUGUAUGAAAACUCUGAUUAGCAAUUAGCCAAACUGGCGCCAGAGCUGGCCCACAGGAAGAUUUCUAUUGCCACAGCUGCUCAGUUUUGCUUGAGAGAUCUUCGUCGACUACAAAAUAUGCUAUUAAGGAUCUCAGAUUGGGCAAGAAAACAUUCAAUGGGCCAGCGGAAUGGAUCGACUUUCGGGGAUAAAUUUCACAAUGGGAUCUACACAUUUCCUUGUUGCAAGGUGUUGAAGAUAUUUCAACUUUCCUGAUCUGUGGGACUUCAGCAAGUUUCUGUGUGUUCUAUUUUCUUUCACUGCUGUGUGUUGCUUGACUAUCUGUUUUCUCACAACUUGUUAAGUAUAUGCAGAUACCUGGAUUGCGCCUGUGCUUUUAAAUUGUAUAUCGGAAAUGGUUUGUGAUACUUAGCCAGCCUUUUGUGCUGCAACUUUAAUUAAGCAUGCUUUUUGUGUGCAUAUUUGCAUAGGCAAUUGGAAGAAA